AUGAAGAGAGAGGGACGCCCUCAUGGAAUGGUUAGGACCUACAGGAUCUUGUCAUCUCCAUGGAACCCUAAGGCUUUAGACAACAAAUUCAACAAGUUCGAUACACUUCCGACAGCCGGAUUGUUCGCCAAGGUGCCAUCAAAGCCCACAAACCACUCUAAAUUCACAGGAAAAUGCAGUAAGCAAAGGUGCACAGGGUGUCACAUGCACCCAACUUGCAAGUCCAAGGACAAGACCAAAGGAUCCCAUAAGGUAAAGUCACAUGAUAGGGACAUGAACUGGGGCGCCGAGUACGGAGCUGCUUGGUUUUCGGCAACGGAGAUGUUGGACCAUUUGACUACUGACGCUGAAGUGUCUUCGUAA